AUGACGCCGCCACAGUCUCCUCGGGGAGACGGGCCUCCCCACAUCCGCCUCAACUCGGGCACCCUCGAAGCCACGACCGACGAUAACGCAUCGCCUGCCGUGCGACCGGGCACGGCACGCACCCACUCGGCGCGUUCGCUCACACAGCCCAUCCGCCCGGGCACCGCACCCAGUCCGGGCCUGCGCUCUGGCACCGUUCCCGCCUUCUACAACAAUGCCGCCGUUGCAGACUCGGCCGAGCACCUGCUACCGCCCAAGAAGCUCAGGGCCAGUCGCCAGUAUCGAGACGAAUCACCUUUGCGCUCGCCCUCUGCCAUGUCCUCGCGACGCUCGAGUUGGAGCUCCGACCUCACCCGUGACUCGAGGGGGCCGUUUGCCUCGCCCUUUGACGAUUCACGAGCACCCUCACGGGCAGGCAGCGAGGAGGACCUCAAUACGCAGACCGUCUCAGAGAAGUUCAAUAUCCUUCCCUCGGCAGGCUUGUUGUUGUUCCCAGAAGAUGUGGAAAAAGACGAUUAUCUGCACAACCCGGACCCCAACGAAAAGGACAAGCGAGACUGCGACAUCUUCACCAAGCGUGGCAUGGUCAACGUCGGUGGUCUUGCACUAUUAGCUCUUGGUCUUCUUGCCUUGUUUGUCGGGUACCCCGUGCUGACCUUUGUCGACAAAAUGACUGAACCAACGAAGACUCCUUGCACAGGCAAUCCCAUGUGCAUACAAGGCAAAGAACAUGAACCGCUACUCACUAAUUUGCGACGGGGACUCAUCGAUCCAGACACUCCCAAAGAGGCCAUGACCCGGACAUCGGCCGAUGGCUCCAAGCAGGUUCUAGUCUUCUCCGAUGAGUUCAACACGGAUGGCCGGACCUUUUACGAUGGAGACGAUGCCUACUUCCAGGCAGUCGACAUUUGGUAUGGGGCAACACAGGAUUUAGAGGCAACAUAUACCGAAAAUGGUACUCUCAACUUCAAAUUCGAUCAAAUCAAGAACCACGGUCUGGACUACCGGUCUGGUAUGGUGCAGUCGUGGAACAAGCUUUGUUACAAAGGCGGACAUGUCGAGGCCAGUAUCUCGUUACCUGGCCGAGGCGAUGUCAGCGGGUUUUGGCCUGGAUUCUGGACCAUGGGCAAUCUGGCCCGUCCUGGCUAUCUUGGCUCUACCGAAGGUCUUUGGCCGUAUAGCUACCAUGAUGAGUGCGACAUGGGAAUCACGCCGAACCAGAGUUCAUACGAUGGUCUGAGUUUCCUCCCCGGAAUGAAACUGCCCGCAUGCACCUGCAAAGGUGAGGAUCAUCCCAGCCCGGGUAAAUCCCGCAGUGCGCCCGAGAUCGAUGCUUUGGAAGGAUCCGUGCAUUUCCUAGGCCCCGGAGAGACAAAUGCUGUCGGUGUAGUGUCUCAAUCCUUCCAGGCCGCGCCUUUUGACAUUUGGUAUCAGCCAGACUACGACUACGUCGAGGUCUAUGAUAAGUCAAUCACGAUGAUGAACGCCUACAAAGGAGGGCCUUUUCAGCAAGCCAUAUCCGGUUUGACCAACCUGAACACCGACUGGUACAACGGGAAACAGUACCAGAAAUACGCUUUUGAUUACAAGACCGGUAAGGAUGGCUGGAUCACCUGGUAUGUUGGAGACGAUAAGGUCUGGACUUUUCACGCCCCUUCAACUCGGGCCAAUGGCAACAUCGGCACCAGGGUCAUACCAGAAGAACCAAUGGCCAUUAUUGCCAACUUCGGUAUGUCCAACAGCUUUGCCGCGAUCGACCUCAAGGAAAUUGCCAAGGACAUGCCUGCGUACAUGCGUAUCGAUUACAUUCGCAUUUACCAACCAGAAGAUAACCAAAUCGUCACUUGUGACCCAGAGGGGUACCCUACCACUGACUACAUUGAGAAGCACCCAGAGCCGUAUGCGAAUCCCAAUUUUACGGAUUGGAAAUCGACCAAGUAUGAGUGGCCAAAGAACUCUUUUAUGCACGGUUGCGAAGAAUGA